CUUAAGCGCAGGUCACUUGAGCACAACACAGGCUGAGUUGAGCGUUUCAUUGGGUUUUCGUCGACCUCUCACAGAGAGAAGCAGCCUUGCUUCUAGGUUGAGGCAUGGCGGGGCAAGGCUGGCUGGGCUUGAGCGGCUGGUCCCUCCGUUUCUGCGCCCAGCGCUGCCCCUGUGUUGUGAGGGCGCAGUUGAGACUUUGAACGAUUAUGCCUUGGUGGUUGCGCAUACUGGCUAUAUUUGCCUCUCUUUGCACCAACAUGUUGAGACGAACGCAGGAUCUUACGGAUAGGCCGUUAUGGAUCCCCACCGGCGCUGUUGCGCAGCAUUUGCAGUCGCACGUGGAAGGUUUCACCACAUCAGAGCUGCGUCGGCUGGAAACCCCAACGACAUGGCGUUUCGGGGGCUUUCACGAUGUUCAGCACCACGACAUGAUGACUGUCGAUCUGCCGCCAUGGCGUAAAUCCCUCGCGUGGCGGGGGAGGUUCUCUAAGGUGCGAAGCCAAUCAGCUUCGGAAUACAGUAUUAUCAACCAACGACCGACACAUUUUGUGGAUUGGGGAUCUCAGCGGCAAGCUUACAGCGAUAACAGCAUCCGUCAUGUUCUCGGUCGACGGCUCGACUUUUCGCAUUUCCAAAUCUUGCUCAGGUGACAGACUUCCUGGAGCAUUGUGGAACGAUUCAACAAUGCUUUCACCCCAGGAAUGCCAGGUUGACCAAUGGAUUGAAUAUUGAUAUCACCAAAGCUGAAACAGCAUUGCCGCGAUUUGCCUU